AUGCAAUAUGAACAGCAUGAGCUUAAUGAAACCAAUAACUCUGUUUUAUUUGUUAAUAACCAAUUUCCAAAUCCGUAUGACGCUUUCGUUGGGCAUGAUAGCGUAGCUUCUAAUUCUGCUUCAUCGACUUUCUUUGAUAAUGGCUACAUUGAUUAUAUUGAAAAUGAAAAGCCUGGCGUAGAGCACAUAUAUAACCCUGAAUCGUUCGACAGUAAAAGUUUCGAUAACCAAACAUGUUCUAAUACGCAGACAUAUGAAAUAGUGAAGAAUGUUUUUAUUGAAGACAUAUUUUCGCUUGAAACAGAACAACUCAGUCCAAGUUCUCACUCGGUUCAAAUUCUAUCUCUUCGUCUUACUCCAUCACUUAUCUACAAUUCUGAAAAUGCCUCUAAUCGUUUUGAACCAUCUCAAUCGUACCUCUCUACAAGUAUUGAUACAAGAAAAACUAACAGCUCAUGA